CAGGUGAUUGCCCCCCCUCUUACACACGUGAUUUGUCCGUUCAAACAUGGGUUACAGCUGCAUCAACAUGUCUUCAUUGUGCAGGUUUUUUCUCGCUUUUACAAUUAGUUGCGAUUUAUUCAAAAACUCAGCUGUAGCGGAAGUAAAAACGGCGGUGAUCGACCAAACUACGGGGCAACUGUCUCUCUUGGAUGGAUAUAGAGAAGAUUUUGUGGCCUGGGCUAACUUCACCGACGACAUUCAAACAUCCGGGUGGUCUUUCUUGGAGGUGACCACUAGUAGUCAAUAUAAUGACAGCAUCCAGGCGUAUGCUGCCGGAGCAGUGGAGGCUGCAGUCACAACUCAGCUUAUCUACAAGCACUGGAUGAACACUCUGGUGGGAUACUGUGGACCCUUCUCGAGAGAUUCCGGUUACUGUGAUCGUCUUAAAAAUUUCAUCACAAUCAACCUGCAGUGGAUUCAGGAGCAAAUUGAGAAGGAGCCAAAUUCCCCUUACUGGUACCAGGUCCGUCUGGUUCUGCUUCAGCUCAAAGGUCUGGAGGACAGUUACAACGAAGACGUGGCAUUUCCUUCUGGCCCAAUAUCCUUCAAUCCAUUUGGUUUCAUACUCUUCCAAAUGACCGGAGAUCUGGAGGACUUGGAGUCAGUUCUGAAUAAAUCCAGACUCAGUCAACCACUAGGAUCUGGCUCUUGCUCGGCUCUCAUUAAGCUGCUGCCGAAUAAUAAGGACCUUCUGGUGUCACAAGACACUUGGAGUACCUACCAGUCAAUGUUGCGCAUCAUCAAGAAAUACUCCUUUGCCUUCAGAGUUUCACCGUUAGACAAUCUUGUCCUUCCUGGUCAGAUCCAGGCCUUCUCUUCCUACCCUGGAUCUAUUUAUUCUGGAGAUGACUUUUACAUCCUUAGUAGUGGCUUGGUUACCCUGGAAACCACCAUUGGAAACAGCAACCCCGGCCUGUGGAGGUUUGUCCGACCCACAGGCACAGUAAUGGAAUGGCUCAGGAACAUCGUGGCCAAUCGUCUGGCGGUGACCGCUAAAGCCUGGGCGCAGUUGUUCAGCAAGUACAACAGCGGCACCUACAACAACCAGUGGAUGAUUGUGGAUUACAACAACUUCGCUCCGGGCAAGACGGACAUCGUGGAGGACCUUUUUGUCGUGCUGGAGCAGAUUCCGGGUCAAAUUGUUUAUACUGAUAAAACAGAAGAAUUACUUCAGAAAGGAUACUGGGCAAGUUACAACAUACCGUACUAUGAGGACAUAUUUAAUGCCAGUGGCUUCAACGAGCUGGUGGAAAAGUAUGGCUCGUGGUUCUCCCUGCACCAGAGUCCCAGGGCUCAGAUAUUCAAGAGAGACCAGAAAACUGUUACAGAUGUUGCCUCCAUGAUGCGCCUCAUGAGAUAUAAUAACUUUAAAGAAGACCCCAUGUCACGGUGCCAAGCUUGCAAUCCACACGAGAACGGCGAGAACGCCAUCUCGGCUCGCUCGGACCUAAACCCGGCCAAUGGCACGUACCCGUUUGGCGCCUUGCAGCAAAGAUCCCACGGAGGAAUAGAUAUGAAGCUGACCUCCUACGGGAUGUUUCGCCGGUACGAGAUGCUCGCCGUGAGUGGGCCGACGUGGGACCAGGUACCCCCAUUCCAAUGGAGCACAUCUCCAUACAAGGACGUGCUGCACAUGGGUCAACCUGAUAUUUGGGCAUUCAAGCCGGUUAAAGUCACCUGGGCUCCCUGAUUGCAAUAUUGGCUUACGGGAAUAAGGGUGGAAGGAAGCACUGUGGAAAUUUUGGCAAAGGGAAACAAUGCGAUACCAUAAAUACUUUUUUGUUUUCUCAGGAUUUUCUGUCUGAAUGGAAAUUGUAUUCUGGAUAUUUUUUGCACUACAGUAUUUGCUAAAUAAAAGCAUAGAAGGGAGAUUUCAAUGUUAGGUAAUAUGAAAGACAACACGUUGCACGUGCAAUUGUAAAAUCACACUAUUAUAUUGGUUUUAUGUUGGAAUUAUUUUAUACAUUUGAAAUGAUUGUGUAAAUCUUAACUGUUUAACAGAUAUUUUGAUAAUCAUAUGCAUCUUGAGUUUUUUUUAAACUUUUAAAUAAACUGUCAUUAUUGCCUUGUUGUGAUAAGGUUACUUUCUAUUCAUUCUUUUUGAUUACUGUAUGGUUAAAGUAUAUUCUGACUAGGAAAUAGAUCCUUCAAAUUAAGAUGUUAUUAUGAUUUUAUUCUGGUGAUAAAUUUUGGAUAAUAAAUACAAACUGCACAGAAA